GUGGGGACGGGGAACGACGUGCGGCGCGGACGUUACGUUACGGUGGAAGGUUCAAUUGUCGGUGAAUCGUUGCGACGAGCGGUCGGGCGCGCGAUAAGACUCGACGAGCUAAAGGAUUAAGAGCGCGUGCCUCGGCUGCUGGGGAGCACGACGACGCUUUCGUUUCAUCCACCGAUAUCAUCCGUUACGGACGCGAGUGUUCGGCGUGCGCGCGCACGCACGCCGGGUGGCUAACUUCACACGGUUAAAACGUGUGUUCGGCCGGACGAUCGACUCGGCCGAUCGGGUUUCUUUUAUUUAAUUUUUUUUUUUAGGGGGGGCGGCACGUCGAGACGAUGUGUCUUACGGCCGCGACGUAUCACCUCGCGCGAUAGCGACGCGAUAUUUCACGCUCCGCGACGUUGACGUUGAGAGAAGUGCGCGCGCGCGCGACCGCGUUAUCACGAUCGCGCGUUCAAAAGAGAGAAUCGGUUGUGAGUGAAAGAGAAGAGGAGGAAGGAAAGGGAGAAAUAUAAUACAGAGAGAGAGACGCGUGACGUUUUUUUAGUGUGUGCGUCAGAUUUCUACGUUCCUUGAGUUUUUUGUGCGACGUUUUUGGCCAACGUUCUCUUGGAGUUUCGAGUUUCUGUGACAAGAAGCAACCUGGCAGCAACGGCCAUGACCGCGGACAGCCUGUUCGAGACUACCAGCAUCCCGGGGCACCUCGCUCCCACGCCCGAGAGACUGGAGAGACUUCUCUCGAAACAGACCCUCGAGGAACUCUACGAGGUCGAGGAACAGCCUUUCGCACGAGGUAAAUACGCAACGGUGAGAAGAUGCCGCGAGAGGUCCAGCGGCAGGCAGUGGGCCGCCAAGUUCCUGAGGAAACGACGGCGGGCCCAGGAGCUCAGAGUGGAAGCGCUUCACGAGGUCGCUGUACUGGAUGCCGCGGCCCAUUGUUCUCGUCUCGUCUCCCUGCAUCAGGUCUUUGAGACCAACACCGAGAUGGUGCUCGUCCUCGAACUGGCUCCCGGCGGCGAGUUACAAAUGAUACUCGACCGAGACGAAGUUCCGGAGGAGCGGCAGGUCGCCAGAUUGCUGAAGCAGAUUUUGGACGGGAUAGCCUUCCUGCAUUCCCUCAACGUAGCUCAUCUCGACAUCAAGCCGCAAAAUUUGGUACUUACUGGAGAAUUCCCGGACUGCGACGUAAAGUUAUGCGACUUCGGCAUAUCGCGGUACAUCAGCCACGGAGCGGACAUACGAGAGAUUUUGGGCACGCCCGACUAUGUUGCUCCGGAGGUCCUGAAUUACGAGCCUAUCAGCCUGGCGACCGACAUGUGGUCCGUCGGCGUUUUACUCUACGUGCUGUUAACGGGAUGCUCGCCCUUCGGCGGCGACACCAAACAGGAGACGUUCUGCAACAUCAGUCGAUGUCGCCUGGACUUCCCGGACGAUCUCUUCGAGGACGUCUCCGAGGAGGCGCGCGAUCUCAUGCGCAAGCUCAUGGUUAAGGACCCGAGUGAACGCCUGACGGUGACCGAGUGCCUCCAACAUCCCUGGUUCAACAUGUUCGAGCAGCCAUCGGCGCCGCUGCCCUCGACGACGUGCUCCACGUCGGACGACAGUCCCGCGGCGGACUCCGCGGCGCACUCCCAAGGAGAGAGUUCCUCGUCGAAACCCUUACCGAUCGUAAACGGUCAGACCACGUCGUCCCCGAACACGUCGUCGACCCCGAAGAGCAGCGAAGGCGAGAAACAACAGCAGCAGCAACAACAUCAUCGAUCAUCGACAACCGGGGUGUGCCACAGUCCUACGGAAUCCUGCGCGAAGCCGAUGAGUCCGCGCGCCGUCUCCUCGCACACGGAGAACCUGUACUCGACCUCGAGAUCGUCGCCGAAGCCCAUCAGAUUUGGCCUGAGCCCGGAUCGCAGGGACACCUUCAAAAGAAACAUGGACUCGCUGGCGCGAAAGUUUUCCGGCACUGUUCUGCCGGAAAUCGUCAUAAUCGAGACGUCGUCCGCGAGAUCGUCGGGGAACAACGGAUCCGUCGGCGUGGCUCAUCAGCGUCGCGCCACCGCCACCCACACGAUGCCCGCGGGCGGCGGCGAGGUGUUCAAGUGCACGCCCGUCUUCAUCCUCGGCGAAGCGGAACAGCAGUGCAGCAGCAGCGACAGCGGCAGCGACACCGUCUCCGAGAUCUCGACCGACAGCUCGAGCGAUCGUAGCAGCAUCUACUCUGACGACUCCCUGGAUUUUAUCCUGUACGGCAAGAGUCAGGGUAGAGCGAGUUAUCCGUUCACCGCCGCGGACGCGAGCGCCGACAGGUGGGAACAGCAGAGGCAUCAUCGCACCGCGCACCGAGUGUGGCCGCGCGAGUGCAGCGGCGUCGUCAGCAAGGCCCUGAGUCGUUUCACGUCGGAAGCCACUUCCGGCGGGACGAAGAUCGCCAAGAUCCCGACGCCGCCGACGGCGGCGUUACGCGGCGGCGCCAGCAAGGCCGGCCUUGAGGCGCUCCGCGAGCGAAGCGGGAAUCUGGUGGUGAUCAGAGAGCCCGUUCGCUCCGGCAGGUAUACCAGGUAUUGCGAGGUGCAGUGCGAAUCGGUGCAGGCGCGGAUUCGCCGGUUCCAACCCAAAGCCUCGUAAGAUCGUUUCUCUCUCUCGCAGGUGUUCAUGUUGAAUUGUAUUCAUCGCCGGACGUCUGGCGAAUCUUCCUCGAAAGAUCGGGAGCUCGAGGCGAAUGUACAUAUUACAUAAUUAUCUGUACAGUAAGGCGGAAGGAAAGGGAAGGGAGAGGAGGUUUUGAGCAACGAGAGGGUUUUGCGUACCCGAGGGACGACGUGCGAAAUCAAGCAAAAAAUGGGGAAGAAAAGAGACGGGCAAAGUUCCUCGAGGUUUUUUUUUUUGAAGGCUGUGACGACAGAAGUUUCUCGGAAAGAUUCAGGAGAUUGCGCGUACGUUUUUUUUUUUUUUUCUAUAAAAUAAAAAUAUGUAGGAUUAUAUGAGUUUUGCGAAAAAUGAAUUUGAAUUCUCUUUGUUUAUUCGAUUGUCGUGGUAAAGGAUCGUAAAAUCGAGAGAGAAAGAGCGGUACCAUGUGCCAUUCGACAAUUGUACGUGAGACAAGGGAUUAUUCCUAAGUCUGUUUUUCGUAAAGCACAUAAUGCUGUGAUAGCGUUAGCGGAAAUUCAUGGAGAACACGGUGUGUUUGCUUCUCAUUUUUGUCGAUAACUGAAUAAAGAUAAUCCAUGUUUGUAAGAUCUAACCGAGGGAAAUUGUGCGAAGAAGCAGCGUAUAAUUCAAUCGCGAGAUGUAAUACUAAACAGUAUUUCUUAGCAAAGAGCAAACAAUUCUGCGCGCAGCGCCACACAAGCCUGAUCUCCAGAAUCAUUCAACAGCCUCUCGAAGCCCCUGACCCGAUUUUCGCCGGAUUCCUCGGGAAUCCGAGAUUGUACGUGAGAGCGCGAAACGUAUCGCGGAAUCCACGUGCCUGUACACGUGUGCCUUUGCAAAGGUGCCGAGAUCGUAGCUUGUAUCAUAUCAAAGCGAACAAAUGGCUGUUGUAAAUACGGAUGAGUGCGUGAGAACGCGCGUGAGUGUGUGCGUGUGUAAGCGUGUGUGUGUGUGUGUGUAUACUGAUGCUCUUCGUGAAGCGAGCGGCUUCGAAAAGGAUGGUCUUGAUGUACAUAUAUAUCGAAUAAUCAGAGAAGGGAUGACGAAUCAUCCCAAUCACGAGGGUGGUCGCGGAUUGGACAAAUAGAGAUUCGAACGAAAUCGUCCUGACGCUGAUGAAUUCCAUUGCAUGGAAAACGCAUUUUCGUCAAAUCUCCGACAGAAUGUAAAUGUGCGUCCGAAACCGCGAGCACCCGAAAAAAUACUUUGAGCGAGGCAGCUUCUCCUUAGCCUGCCGUUAUCAAUAGACUGACCGACCGUUCUUUCAAGCUGACGGUAGCUCGAACCGCAUAUCACGUGCGUAUGCACCAAGACGAGAUCGAGACGCGUUGGUACUUUUUACUCGGAGCGAUGUUAUAACUUCGAAGAAGACCUAACUUUUUUUGAGACACGAUUUCUUUAGAAACGGAUUAUUUAUUAACGAGUUAUCACGUUUAUAUACAUAUAUAUCAACAUUACAAUUGAUAGCGGGAUUGUUGGAGUUAAAACAUCCGAUUUUUAAGUAAGUUGAUCUCGCGUUUCCGACAUCGCAAUCUUGGUGCAUCGCGCGCGAUUCCGUUGAAAUCGCCAUAUUUAAUUGAUCGUUGUAUUUAACGACCAUCAGCGACAAUCAAGAUAUAUACAUACACUUCCGGUGCCUUCCCUAAGAAAAGAUCAUAAUGCGUGCGCGCAAAAUACUCCAGUGCCUAUGUUUACUUUGUCCAAGAUUCUUCAGGUCACAAGACUGCGAUGUAUACAGAAGGGAGGAUGUAUGUCUGUGGUGUGAAGAGUGCCUUAAUUGCGCGCGACUUCGCGGUGAGAUCGAAAUUGAGAGUCUAGACGAGAUUUCUAGGCGUCUCUAAUUCCAGUUAGCUCGCUUAUGGCCUCGGCGGAGGAGGCUAACAAUGCGGGGCCCUUCAGAUGUCAAUGAACUCUUUGUACGAACCACCGAAAACCUGGGCUCUCUCGUCGUAUCACGUUGUCAGAAGAAACGUUUCCACGUAUGAGCCA